GACAAUAUGCCAGUAUUUAAAAUUGAAUUUUUAUUUGGCAAUAGUACUGAAAUUGUUAUAUCAAAAAAAAGUGUAUCAGAUGCUGCAAAUAUUUAUAUUCAACGAUAUCAUGAAUUAGUUUCUAUUGACAUAGAAAAAUUUACUG